GAGUUAGGUUCCGCAGUUACGUAACAUUCUAUUAUUGUGCGUGAUAUAAGUAAUUCUUGACGUUUAAAACUUACUUUCGAAGGUGAUUUCAUUCAAGGUUCUCUCGAUUUCAUUGACAUUGAAGUUAGCUUUUAAUGUUGUUUUCUUCGACAAGUGCAUAAUGAAAGAUCCUUCCGUUUGGUUAUUUUUUACGUUUCUAGCAUUGCUAAGCUUUGUAUAUUUACAGGACAUUGAUCUAAAUGAUGAAAGCCAAACAUUAUUCAAUGAAAGUGUUCGAAUUCAACAAGCAAUUCUGGAACGGCAGUCUCAGCGCAACAAAAGCUUUAGACAAAUAAAGAAAACCUACAUUCUGAACGAAUUGACAAACAAGAUACUUGAUUUGCCAGUAAAAGAUUUAAUAGGAAAAUUACAAAUGCGAAGUUUAAACGCUACACAGGUUCUUCAAGCAUACAUCGCAAGGGCAAUUGCCGUCCAAGAUAAAUUCAACUGUAUAACAGAGUUCGUACCAUUCGCUUUGGAAAGGGCACAGAAAUUGGAUAAACUCAACGCUGUUCAAGGACCACUGCACGGCAUACCAAUUUGUGUUAAAGAUGAUCACGACAUUAUUGGAAUGGAUACAACAUUGGGGCUUGGGAAAAAUCUUAAUGAACCAGCAUCGUCCAACAGUGUUCUUGUCCAAUCAUUAAUGGAUCUGGGAGCAAUCAUAUUUUGCAAAACAAAUAUUCCACAGACGUUGUUCCGGUUUUCAAGUGACAAUCCUAUUUUUGGUGAAACACUCAACUAUCGCAAUGUGAAACUUGCUCCUGGAGGUUCUAGCUGUGGAACAGCAUCGCUUAUUGGAGGAGGUGGUGCAGUUUUUGGUACUGGUACCGAUAUUGCUGGUUCUGUCAGAAUUCCAGCACAUUUUAGUGGUCUUUCUACUCUCAUGCCAACUAUAAAUAGAUUAAGUGAUAAAGGAAUAAAGCGUACACUACCACAACUAGUCGGACUUAGAGGAGUCCCAGGAGUGUUGGCAAACGAUAUUAGCACAGUAACUUAUGUAUUCAAAGCACUUUUAACAGAUGCUACUCAAAAUACUUACGAUGCUGAAGCGCUUCCGAUUCCAUGGGACACUAAAGUGUUCGAAUCGAGACGGCCAUUAAGAUUUGGUUACUAUACCUCUUUGUCAUUCUUCCCUGCAAUCGGUGACACGAUUGCAACUGUUUUGAAUGCUAAAACCGAUUUGGAGAGUUUAGGACAUGUUUUUGUGCCGUUUAAAAUUGAAAAAGACUGGGACAUUGUUAAAUUAAUGAACGAUGUUGUUGCGGUAGAUUUUGGACCCGAAUCACAUUUCAAGAAACUCUUCGCUAACGAGCCUCCAGCCAGAGGACUGGAAAUGUUGCGGGCCAAUUCCUGGCGAUCUGAUGCGAGACGACGCCUGGAUACGUGUCUAAGUAAUGUGACGAAACCUGGCACUAGUGAAUAUUCCGCGAGAGUCUCACUUUUAUCACAGGCUGGAACUGAUCAGCAUUCUGACAGAGAUGUAUGGGACAUGAUCUAUCAGAAAAAUCAACUGACUUCGAAACUGUUAGCACAAAUGGAAGAUCACAAUUUGGAUUUGAUAUUGGCCCCAGCAUUUCCUUUUGCUGCUUGCCGAAUUAACGAUACAGAAGCACUUUUUGGAGCCACAGAAUACACAAUGAUUUGGAAUUUUGUUGAUUUCCCGGCUGGUGUUAUUCCAUUCGGUGAAGAGAGUGGUCAAAAUAUCGAUAAUUAUAAUGACGAAGGCGACGCUCUGCUUAGAUUGGCGAAGGAGUCAACAAAAGAAUCAAUUGGCUCUCCGAUUGGUGUUCAAAUAAUUGGAAAACCGUUCAAGGAAGAACUAGUGCUGAGAGCAUUGAACGAAUUAUCCAACAGAAAGUCGUCAUCUCUUAUCUAAGAAUAAGCAUAUUAUGUUGUCAUUAAAUGAUGGAAUAGCUGUAUUCACGAGUUAUGGAAUAUUAAAAUAAAAACUUUAA